AUGGUGGGGGGGGGGGGGGGGGGGGGUACGCACCUACACCUCAAAACACAGACACAGAGCUGCCUCCAGAGCCACCAUCAGCACAGACUGACAAAGAUGACAAGGCGAAAGAGAGGGAACGAAGCGGCGGACAAGGUGAGAACAGAGAGAGGGGUAUGGUGUGAUGAGCGGACGGCAUGGGAGGGUGUGGGGGGUGGGAUCUUAAGGGUUACUCGAACAGAAGGGUGGGGGGGUGCUGGCCAGAGGGGGACAUUUCAAUCUCCCCUGACAGUUAUGGGACGUUCGUUGACCCGGGGAGGCGGCAGGAUACACCUUGACCUAUCACAAGUGCUGUGGGAGUGGACCGAAGAUGACAGUGACGUUUUACAUACAUGA